AUGAGAAAUUACAUCAGAAAUAAAAUCAGAAAUUGGACAUGCAGAAAUAUAAUUGCUUUGGGCAAUGAAUCAUCAUCAGUAUGUACGCAACAUUCAAUGUUAUGUAUAGCUGUAGAAUACAUUUUUUGUGCGUGGCGUAUGGGGGCGAUGAUAACAUUUAUGCGUAUAAUGGCAAAAUAUGGUUGUGAAAAAGUGAGAAAUGGUAUCAUGAAAAUGCCUCCGUUUUAUUCUAUAUCUCAUUUCCUAGGAAUAAUAAAUAGUCGAUCCUUGGGCAUGGGACGAUUCAAAGUCAUUGCAAAAAGCGAUAACCUUAUAAGAGAAGUGAAAGCGUCAGAAGAAAAGUUUAAUGACGUCACUUUGCAAAACACUUUUGUUUUCAUGAGAAUCACCCUCGAAAAAGCGGAAACUAACAAGCAAAUAGCGACAGUAAUAACAAGAACAACAAUGAAAAUUCUCAGACCAUAA